AUGAGUUCUUCUUUGGGUGUCGUUCUCGGUGGGAUUUUUGCUCUUGUUGUUGCCGGAUAUAUAGCUCAAAGUCGUCUUCCUCCCCCAAAACCAAAAAUUAUGGGAAUAGACCUAGGGACGACGUUUUCCUGUGUUGGUGUUUAUCAAGCUGUAAAAGGCCAUGUUGACAUCCUGGCCAACGAGAACGGCAGCAAAGUUAUUCCCAGCGUUGUAGCCUUUACCGAUAGUGGAGUUUUAGUUGGUAACAGAGCCUUGGUUCAAGCUGAAUUGAAUCCUAGAUCAACUAUUUAUGACGAAAAACGUUUUAUUGGGAAGAAGUUCUCAAAAGAUGAUUUACGAAAACUGUCUUCACUCUACCAGUUCAAGGUCACUUCUGAUGAAAAAGACAAUCCUAAGUUCGUGAUCGAAAGCCAUGGAAACCAGACUUUAGUAUCACCUGAAGAGAUCGGUGCUGUUAUAUUAAGGGAAUUGAAAAGGACAGUUGAGAAAAAUAUCAGUAGAUCUGUUAACCAAGCGGUUAUGUCGGUUCCUGCUGAAUUC